GGGCAGCGCCAGCGGCAGCGGCCACGAAUCUAUAAAUAGGCACCAAGGAGCAGCUUACCCAUUCAUCUCCCUCCCUCCCUCCCUCGCCAGCUCAAGCUCAAGAAGCUUCACCAAUCUCCCUAGCAAGCUCAAGAAGCUUCAUCAGCUAGAUUAGAUUAGCGCAUAACAUUCUUGGCCUCUCCAAUCCUCUGUCUCUGUCUCUACUCAGCUAGCUACCAGAUCCCCGGAAACCGGAGAGCGCAGAUGGCAAGCAGAUCCGCCGAGCUUCUCUCGAGGAUGGCCGCCGGCGACGGCCACGGCGAGAACUCGUCCUACUUCGACGGGUGGAAGGCGUACGACAUGAACCCCUUCCACCCGCAGGACAACCGCGGGGGCGUCAUCCAGAUGGGCCUCGCCGAGAACCAACUCUCGCUGGACCUGAUCGAGGAGUGGAGCAAGGCCCACCCGGAGGCGUCCAUUUGCACGGCGGAGGGCGCCUCGCAGUUCAAGAGGAUCGCCAAUUUCCAGGACUACCACGGCCUCCCGGAGUUCAGACAGGCGAUGGCCCAGUUCAUGGGGCAGGUGAGGGGGUGGAAGGCCAGGUUUGACCCGGAUCGCGUCGUGAUGAGCGGCGGCGCCACCGGCGCGCAGGAGACGCUCGCCUUCUGCCUUGCCAACCCCGGCGAGGCCUUCCUCGUGCCCACGCCUUACUACCCAGGAUUCGACCGCGACUGCUGCUGGAGGUCAGGAGUGAAGCUGCUGCCGAUCGAGUGCCACAGCUCCAACGACUUCAGGAUCACCAGGGAGGCCGUCGUGGCCGCGUACGAGAGCGCGACGAGCAACGGCGUCCGCGUCAAGGGGAUCCUCAUCACCAACCCGUCCAACCCGCUGGGCACGACGGCGGACCGGGCGACGCUGGCCAUGCUCGCCACCUUCGCCACGGAGCACCGCGUGCACCUCAUCUGCGACGAGAUCUACGCGGGGUCGGUCUUCGCCAAGCCGGAGUACGUGAGCAUCGCCGAGGUGAUCGAGCGCGACGCCCCCGGCGCCGACCGGGACCUCAUCCACAUCGCCUACAGCCUCUCCAAGGAUUUCGGCCUCCCGGGGUUCCGCGUCGGCAUCGUCUACUCGUACAACGACGCCGUCGUGGCCUGCGCGCGCAAGAUGUCCAGCUUCGGGCUCGUCUCCUCGCAGACGCAGCUCUUCCUGGCCAAGAUGCUCGGGGACGAGGAGUUCAUGGCGCGGUUCCUGCGCGAGAGCGCGCGGCGGCUGGCGGCGCGGCACGAGAUGUUCACGUCGGGGCUCCGCGAGGUCGGCAUCGGGUGCCUGGGCGGCAACGCCGGGCUCUUCUCGUGGAUGGACCUGCGGGGCAUGCUCCGGGAGAAGACGGCGGAGGCGGAGCUGGAGCUGUGGCGGGUCAUCAUCCGCAAGGUGAAGCUCAACGUGUCGCCGGGGACGUCGUUCCACUGCGGCGAGCCCGGGUGGUUCCGCGUCUGCCACGCCAACAUGGACGACGAGACCAUGGGGGUGGCGCUGAGCCGGAUCCGGGACUUCGUGCGCCAGCACCAGCAGCAGAAGGCCAAGGCCCAGCGCUGGGCCGCCAGGGGGCACCUCCACCUCAGCCUGCAGCGCCACGGCGCCAUGGCUUCGCAGUACCACGCGCUCUCCAGCCCCAUGGCCGCGCUGCUGUCCCCCCAGUCUCCGCUGGUCCAUGCCGCCAGCUAAGUCGGUCGCCACGGUCGGUCAAGUGAGCCGCACGUACAUUUGGUACGUACACACUUUUUUCGAUCGCAUGCAUGCAUGGCACGGUGCACGCAUGGGGCCAGGGUGCAUGCGAUUGUUUUGGAAGGUUUAGACAUGCGAAAUGCAGCAUGUAGUAGCGUAACGUUUUACGGAGGUUGCAAUGGCGCCCGAUGUGGGCAAGCCGUGUGUGACCACGCAUGGUAUUACCAUCAUCUUAGUUUUGUUUAUGGUUUGGUUUGGUCUGAUCGGAUCAAGGCUUCUCGAUCAGAUCCUGUAAUAAACUUGUACCGAGGUACAAGAUUGAUGUUGUCUAGGUCCAUGUUGUACCACAUACCGCAGGAGUGAUGAGUUUAAACUUAGUUUA